AUGUCGACGACGCAGAGCGUGCAAUGCUUCGGCAAGAAGAAGACGGCCACCGCCGUCGCCCACUGCAAGACCGGCCGUGGUCUGAUCAAGGUCAACGGCCGUCCUCUGCAGCUCGUCCAGCCCGAGAUCUUGCGCUUCAAGGUCUACGAGCCCCUCCUGGUUGUCGGUCUUGACAAGUUCGCCAACGUCGACAUCCGUGUCCGCGUCACCGGUGGUGGUCACACCUCGCAGAUCUACGCCAUCCGUCAAGCCAUCGCCAAGUCCCUCAUCGCCUACUACCAGAAGUUCGUCGAUGAGCACUCCAAGAACCUCCUCAAGCAGGCCCUCGUCCAGUUCGACCGAACCCUCCUCGUUGCCGACAACCGCCGCUGCGAGCCCAAGAAGUUCGGUGGUAAGGGUGCCCGCUCCCGCUUCCAGAAGUCUUACCGUUAA